CAAAGGGAGGCUGUUUAGAAGAAUGUCACAGAACAGGCAGAUGUUGAGUCUUUUUGGCAGUUUUAAAUCAAACUAAAUCAUUUUGAACAAACUGAGUUUUCUUGGGACUUGUUCGAGGUUAUCUGGGACUUCUUUUGGGCUGUUUACAACAAGACUGAACAACUUUUGGACCAUUUUGGGUCAUUUUGUACAUUUUUUUAACCUGUUUUGAGUAGGUCUGAACAGGUUUCAAGUCAUUGUGGACAAAUCUGGAUAAAGUUUAGGUCAGUUUGGAUGGUUUUUGAGUAAUUUAGGACAAAUUUUCAGUCACUGAACACAAGUUUUAGUUCAUUAUCGAUAAAUUUCAAGUCAUUUACUACAAUUAAAGUAGUUUUGGACGAUUGUCAACUUGUUCUACAAGUUAUUUCAGACAGAUUGUAAGUAAUUAUUGAAAAUUUUUUAAUUCUAAUUGAAUCAUUUGAAGAAUCUAAAAUAUAAGACAUGUUCUGACUUAUUUCACACUUUGUUUCCUACAGAAUUCCAGAUGUGUUCAUAGUUUGAUGCCUUCAGUGAGAAUCUACAUGGAAAUAGUCAUGAAAACAAAGAACAAUUAAUGUGAAUCUCAGCCAGCCGCCUCUGAAGCUCCUCCUCCCGGCCCUCCCUCCCUCCGCCCCGCCCCGCUCUCGGGCUACCGCCCCGGAGCAUCAGCAUCAGCAGCACAGCGACCUGCCGCCCGGGGAGGGCGACGAUGGCGGCGGCUGCGGACAGAGCGGGAGUCCGGGGGGCAGCUCUGCCUCCGAGCCCGGCGGCGCCUUCUGCUGCGGAGCCGCUGGCUGAUUCCGCCGCUGCGGCCGGAGAACAGGACGGAAGAGUCCCGGUACCGAUGAACCUGUUCGCCACCUGGGAGAUAGACCGGUCCUCCCCGAGCUGCGUGCCCAGACUGUGCAGUCUGACUCUGAAGAAGCUGAUGGUCCUCAGAGAGCUGGACAGAGAGCUGAGCUCGGUGGUCAUCGCUGUGAAGAUUCAGGGCUCCAAAAGGACUCUAAGGUCCAACGAGUACGUUCUUCCUCCAGACGGCCUGAUGGAGACAGACCUGGAGCUCACCUUCUCCCUGCAGUACCCUCACUUCCUGAAGCGGGACUCCAACCAUCUCCACGUGAUGCUGCAGAGGAGGAAACGCUACAAGAACAGAACCAUCCUGGGCUACAAGACGCUAGCGGUGGGCAUCAUCAACAUGGCUGAGGUGAUGCAGCAUCCGACAGACGGCGCCCACGUCCUUGGUCUCCAUAGCAACCUGAAGGAUGCUUCUGUGCGCGCGGCGGAGCUCAGCGUCCAGAGUCUGUUCAGCCAGCCAAUCGAACACGAGGACACCGGUCACCAUGGCAACAAGAGCAAGGCCUCAGAUCGUUCUCCUGAUUUCAAUGACUGGGAGGACGACGACGAGUUUUCUUCUGAACAAGACGCAAGUGAUGACGCCGUCCCUCCUCAGGACAUGUACGAUGAUGACGAUGAUGUUCAGGGAAAGACGAAGAAGUCUCACAGGAAGAUGAUCCGGACGGCCUCCCUGACUCAGCAGCCGAACUUCAAGCAGAAGUUCGUGGCUCUGCUGAGGAGAUUCAAGGUUUCUGACGAGGUCCUGGACUCAGACCCGGUGGACCACAGUCAGGAGGCGGAGGAGGACCUGGACCUGCUCUACGACAGUCUGGAGGUUUAUAACCCGAGCGACAGCGGAGCCGAGCUGGACGACAACGACAGCGUCCAAAGCACGCCCAAACCCAAACUCAGGCCGUUCUUCGAGGGCGUCUCCCAGUCCGAGGUCACCAACGUCCAGAAGAACCAGCAGAAGGAACCGACAGCUGCAGCUGCUGAGCUCCAGGGACCCCGAAGCCCCGAAGAUGCCCGAAGAGAGGAGGCCGAUCCUGAGGAGGUUGAGGAGGAUGUUGCCAUGACAACAGAUGCAGGUCCUGCUGCCAAACUCUGUAAAACUGAGUCCCAGACACACAUGUCACCAAGUAAAACAGGAGGUUCUGCGUCUCGUCAUCCUUGGACCAUCUCCCUGAAGGACAGACAGAACUCUAGAGGGACAGACAGGACCAGCAGCAUGGACAGCGAGACGUCAGCUGACUACAGAACACCUGGUCCACAGGUGGCCAGAAAGUCGGUCUUGGAUCAGCUGAACCACAUCCUGUUCUCUGAGGAACACAUUCCUGACUCCAUCAUCUUGGUCAACACCACCGACUGGCAGGGACAGUACCUGUCGGAGCUCCUCUUCGAUCAGCCAAUCGUGUGCACCGUCUCGGUCGCCGACGUUCAGGCCGCCUUCAGUGCCGUCAUCAGCCGCAUCCAGAGAUUCUGUAACUGUAACUCCCAGACUCCGCCCACGGUGAAGGUGGCAGUGGGCGGCGACCAGACCUACCUGAGCACCGUCCUCUGCUGCUUCGUGGAGCAGCUGGUCAGCAAGACGCCUGAUUGGCUGAGCUACGUACGCUUCCUGAUCAUACCUGUUGGACUCCAUCCUCUGGCUAAGUACGUGUCUUCUCUGGACGGGAGGUUCUGCAGCCUGUUCAUGGACGCCGGCUGGAGGGAGCUGUUUGGACGUGUGGAACCUCCUCCUCUGGAUCCUGUGGGCGUGGCCAGCCGGGUGUCUCAGUACCUGUGUGGAGCUGCCGUGUCUCACCUGUGUCCCAUCUCUGAGGCCAUGCUCACCUGCAAACACAAGAGCCCUGAUGAUGAUUCCUGCCAGAAGUUUGUUCCUUUCAUCGGGCUGGUGAAGGUCGGCAUCGUGGAGCAGAACUUCCUGUCCACCUCAGUGGACUCUGAUGACAUCAUCCUGGGAUCUCCUCCCUCCCAAUCAGGAGCUCCAAUCAGCAUCACCUCCACGCCUCCCCCCUCCCCCUCCAUCAGCUGUCCAGCGGAGGUGAUGGGGCUGCAGGUGGACUACUGGAGCAGUCAGGGAGGAGGAGGAGGAAGCAGGAAGGAGGCAGCGAUGAAGAACACGCUGAAGAGCAACUUCCGCUGCCUGCAGGUGUCGAGACUCAGUGGAGGAGAACUGAUGAGUAUGACGGUGGUGACCAAGGAGAAGAACAAGAAAGUCAUGUUCCUUAGCAAGAAGACUAAAGACAAGGAGGCCGAGUCAAGGAGUCAGCAGAUUGAAGGAAUCAGCAGGUUGAUCUGUACCUCCAAACACCAACACACACUGAGAGUGUCGGUAGAUGGCGUUGAGUGGAACGACGUUAAGUUUUUCCAGCUCGCUGCUCAGUGGCCAACCCAUGUCAAAUACUUUCCUGUUGGGAUCUUCGGCUACAACAAACCCUAAACCUCAACCUGAACAUCUUCCUCACCUGGACCACCUGACCUGCUGGUUUACCUUUUAUCUUGUUGGAGCAGAAGUAUUUCUGGUCCUUUUUCUAUUUUGGAUAUUUCUAAGAUCCUGUAAAUCCUGUACAGAGCUUAUCUGUUUCUCUAACAAGCUUAAUGCUGCUUUAUGGCUGUGAAAUUAUCGAGUUUGUUGGAUUUGAUGGUUCAUGAUUCAUCUUCAUUUUUAAACUAACGUGGAGCCCUUUCCAUAGCAACAAGUCUUUAACUCACAACUUUUAAAGUGCAGCUUAGAGGACGUGAAAACAACCACAAAGAGACACAAAACAACCAUAAAGAAACACAAAACCACCAGAAAGACACAAUACGACCACAAAGAGACACAGAGUGACCACAAGGAGACACUAAAUGCAGGAUUUUUAUCUAUUUUUUUCAGGCAGACAUGAACCUACAGUUCAUUCAGUGUCAGAUAUUGAGGAUGCUGAUUAGCACAAACACUACAUUACCCACAAUCCUCGGCUGCUGUUCCUUUGAGGAAGUCUCUGUUAGUCUGUGCAUCAUUUAAUCCAACAUCAACACAUCCAACAGCUCAGUCUCUAACUGCAGAUCGUUGUGUUUGUGUUUAAGACGUAGUUGUGUGAGAUCUGUGAAAACCUGUAGGACGUUUGUUUCUUCUCUUCAGGUCUCUGACAUUCGUCUGCUACAGAAAAUAAAAGGUGGUGGCUGAAAACUAAA